CCCAGUCAUUUUUUAAUGAAACCAAGAGGUUGGCGUCGGCAGACUGUGUUUAGAAGUUGCUACUGUUAAGAUUAAUUUUACUUUCGUUUACUUGGAUUUUAGAACUUUUUCGAAAAUGAAGGGAACUUUGUGUAUCUUAUUAUUGUCCAGUCUCACAUAUAUAAAUUGCCAGAGUCUCAGUCAUAUGCCAGUUAGAACUAAUAAAAGUGGAAUUAACGACCAUCGAACAAUAUUAAACCUGGGACUAGGUCCCAGUUUUAGCAUGAAAGACCUAUUUAAAAAGCAAGGACCAAAUCUUUUAUCAAGAACAGACACCAAUUCCAAAACAAGCCAGCAACCUAAACAGAAGACGUUUACAUCUUUAUCUCAACAAAUUUCAGGUGCACUAGGACAAGGACAGGUGCUAAAGACCAAUAAAGAACUGCUCCCAUCAUCAUCGAAUGGUUUUCAUCCCUCUAUUAAAGUACAUGCACCACCUGAAAAAAGUGCUCCGAGAAUUGUAGCAGUUGGACCAGAACCUUCGCCAAACAAUGCUAAUACAGGUACGAGAGCUGAACCACCUCAAACUAAGCCAAAAGUGGUAGUUCCAUCAUCCAUACCAGUUGUUCAAUCAACCUUUAAUAACUCUCCAACUCAGCAAGCCAUGACAUCCAAUACACCUUCAAAUAGCAAGGCCCAAGCACCGGUACCCACUGCUGCCCAGGCCAAUAACCCACCUGCCAGCAACCCCACAUCCUCUGCAGGUACUAAUCCAGCGGCUAAUCCAGAAUACAGCCAAUGGUUCGGUAACAAUGUUCCUGCAGAGGUAUCACAACUUUCCCCGGAACAAUUGUCAAUGAUGACAGAAAGACAAGCUGAACAUUUAUUCAGAGUUCAGUUCCCAUCGCUUCAGCCAACCAUGAAUGCUAAUUCGAUGCCAGGAACUGGCCAGAAUGCUGGAAUGAACACAUGGACGUCAGGAAAUUCCAUGACUGGAGCGAAUCCUUUGGUCGGAAUGAUGAAUCAAAUGCUCCAAAGGCGUAUAAAUACAAGAGUUUUAGAGGCAAUGAAUCCACAAGAAGCUGGAAUAGAAAUUCCUCCGUUUGCCAAAAAAUUUGUUUGCAAUGGAAUUGUGCCUCCGGCUCCAGGAAAUGAGACAGCUAUGAAAAUGAUGACAGAUGGUACUAUGGCUCGUGCUAAUGCUAUGGCCCAAGGAUUAGAACUCAAGAUGAUGAAAGGUGCUAUUUUAUGCCACAAUAAAUUGGCUGAAUAUCAAGCUUGUGACAUCACCCCCAACUCUGACAUGAGGAAAAUGCCAUGUCAACGAAACAUUCCCAAUGCUUGCCAACCUGGUUGGACCUGCAGUUUGUACUCUGGCCAGAUGAUUCCCAUUUGUUGUCCUAAAACCGUCAGACAGGCAGUUAUGAUAGAUGAAGGCAUUCCUGUUCCUGCCAUCUAAAUCACAUCCAUCUUCAUUAUUUAAAUCGAAAUGAAGGCUUGACAUUGUGAUAUUCAUACACGAUGCUGAAAGGAGCCGACAUUUCUGCACACAUACCUCUAUGAUAUGCAUCGUACCUGAAAAAGGACAUUUUGUGACAAAUCACCUAUGUUUUCAGACAAAGGAUGUUAUUAGCAAUUAAUGUAACAGAAUAAACUUACCGUGUGUUUGCUCAUUGCUGAUGUUGUUACUCAGAAUAAAUGUAUCAAAAUACCA